CGGAAGUAGUACGUUGAGCGUACGACGGACAGCAUGCACAUGGAAAUGUCUCCUACCGGCGUGCUGGAAUUACCUAAUGAGUGUAUAAUAUCCAGUUUGGAAUUUCUCCACAUUCGAUCCGGUUUCGAGCGCGUUCAGGCGGUGAGCCAGGUGUCACGGUUAUGUCAAGUUUAUGGCAGCAGGACUCGACAAAGAACGGAAACCUCAGUGGCAUGAGAAUGAACGGCGAAGACACUGGUAUAGGGGCUCCGACCCCAGCGUUGGCGGGGUAUUUGGGAAAAGUCAGUUAUGCUCAGUUCUCUCCCUCUGUCACUCGUGCAAAGCUCCGCUCAAAUUUAGUUUGUAUUGUAUGGAAAUUGAAUCGAAUUGAUCCCCCACCUCAAACGAGAAAAAACACACGGAAAUCUGUGUAAAAGGCGAAAGAAUAGUCAUAAAAGCACUUCAGUUGUGUACUGUACACUGAUUGUUUAUAGUUGUGUAAUGGGUCUUGUAUUUUCUGUGUUGAGUAAUUGUGAUUUCUCAUAUAUUGUUGUUUGUUUACAGUGUGAAGACAGAAAUGCCUCACCAGGGAACUGUCCUUGGUGUUUGGCAAAAGGUCAGAAAAAUGCCCUCUGCUUUUAUGCUGUCAACCUGGAGGAGACUGUUAUGCUAUGUACAAAUCCAGUGUGCCUUUACCCAUUGGUUAGUAGAUCUCUGGAAGAUGUGCGUGCUAGCUUGUCUAAAGAUGGAUGUAAGAGGAACAUUUCUUCCCUAUCCGAUGUGGAUGAAGCAUCCUCCCCUUCAAAGCGAUCAAGAGAGGAGAAACUAGGCAUUUUGUCUGUUGUGCCUGAGCCAUGUUGUGCUGAUGUCAAUGAUGGCACUCUUCCAGAUGACACUGUCGAGACGCAAAUGUUUACUGAUGAACAAUCAAUGCUUGGAAAGACUGACUCUAUUAAUGGCACUGAGGAACAACAUCCUGAAGAUCUACCUGCUGCUGUCGCCCAUGAAGAUUUAGAUUUGUGUGACAAGAAGGAUGAUUGUGUAUCUAGUACUCAAGAUGAGGUCGAGGAGAUCGUUGGAAUGGAUGUAGAUGUGGAAUCAUCAGAGCUGGUUCCUGUGCAACCUCAUCUCUUCUGGAAAAAUGAGGACAACCUGUGUUGGUUGGAUUCGUUAUUGGCGAUGCUCGUGAACUGCCGGACCAUCAGAGAGACUCCGUGUCAGAAUGUAAAGCUGACUGACAAGUUGACAUCAGUGCCUUCCAGCAGCUCUGCUGUCUGGAACCUUUGCUCCACAUAUGAUAAGACCUGCUCCUAUCUGAAAUCCAAGGAGCAACAGUGUGAAGAUGAGGACACCAGAGUGCCCGCCGAUGUCCUGUGUGAGGCAGAGCGGCAGCUGUCUGCGCUCCGUCUGUCACUCUUCAAACUCCUUCAGCCUACACUCAAGUGUGAAAUUGGUCAGCAGGAAACACCCGUGUUUGCUCUCCCUCUUCUUCUGCGUUCAGACAAGUGGGCUCAAGAGCUUUUCCAGCACACUGUCCGUUGGGAAUUUAAGUGCACUUCUUGUAGUUAUACUUUAAAUAACAGUGUUGAGAAGACUCUUACAACAUUCACUCAGAUUCUGAAUGACUGGCACCCACUAAAAGCCAUCCACCGCACUCAGUGCAGUAACUGCAACCGUAAAAACCAGAGGAGGAAAAUGGUGCUUGAAAAGCUGUCCUCUGUGUUUGCACUGCACUUUGUGGAGGGCUUGUCCAGGAAAGACCUCUCUAAAUACUCGUUUGAGUUCCAGGGCGCACACUACAAUGUUAGCACUGUUAUCCAGUACAAUAAGCAUCUAAUGCACUUUGCCACUUGGAUCCGCCAGAGCAAUGGGUCAUGGCUGGAACUGGAUGAUUUGAAAUACCCUCACAGCAUCAUCCACAAGAGGUUUUCAUUUCCUGCCAAUGAAUUUCAUGUUGUUUUCUGGGAAUCAGACUCCACUAAAGAUGAAGCUUCAGAGGUUUGCUCACCGACAGCUCCCUCGGCACUUACGAAUGUCGAUGAUAAACACACGCACGAACUGUCAGACUCUGUGGCCGAUGACACGUGUGUCCUCGGCGUGCUCACCGUGGGAGACUCGACUGCCGCCGGCGCUCUGGAUACAUCCAUAGGCAGCACCACAUUACUGGACACCUUUGAGGGUCUGUCACAUACAGACAUUGUGACCCUCACUCUGGUUGAUGAGAACAAAGCCACUGAGGAUCUUCAGAUUCCCCAGAGCCCAGCCGUCGUGCCGGCCGCUCUCCUCACUCUUCCUGUAGCAUCUAGUUCAUCUUGUAUCUCUAAGUCCAUUUGUCAACCUUCAAAACCCCAAAGCUCUGGUUUGAAGGAAUGCUCUUCGGUUUCUAAUCCAGUUGAGCUGAGAACGUCAGUGGCUACACCAGUACAUGCACCUCCACCGCUUGCGUCCUCAUUACUUCAGUGCCAUCCUUCCUUCCAGUCGACACCAAUAAGACUUCCUCCUCCCGCUCCGAAACCAAAACCCGUUCUGAAAUGUGACAACGAAGCUCUGCUAGCAAAGCCAGCUGACAUGUUCGGUGGCUUCUUAUUAAACAAGAAACUGCUAAAUUCAAGUGGCGGGAAUUCUGCGGUAGCGCCUCAGCACAAACCAGUCACCCUUCCUGGUGGCAUAUGUGGUGCAUCUAUUAAGAAAUAUCCCAGCCUUUCGGCAGACCAGCAGCCCAUUAGCACUACAGAAGCCCUCAGGCUGAAGCUACUGAAAAAACUUAAGGCUAAGAAGAAGAAACUGGCCAAACUAAACCAGCUUUUGAGAAGUGCAGGAGAAUCUGCACCAAAACCGGACAGCACAGCCCUCUCGUCGCCUUACUCGGUCACCUCGAGUACGUCAGUGUACGACAGCCCGGCGUAUGACCAGUUCUUCGCUGAGCUUUUGUCUCCUGCGACGACCGUCCGUAACCUCUCACCUGACAGCACGGGGCUCCUUGAGAUGUUGAACAAUGGCCAGAAUGCGGAGACGACACAGCAAAUUCCUUCUGUAGCAACUGUGGUUCCAGAAGCAGCUUUAACCUACCCUUCUUCUACUAAUGACUCCGGAUUGAAUCUUGAUGAAUACAUGCAAUCAGGGAUGGGCCAGACUGCAAUUGACAACACCGAUUUUAAUGGCUUGGAUAUAUUUUUCUGAUCAAGAAAAGCUUUUAGAUUUUACAAACCGUGAGUUUGGUCUGGUGUCAGAACAAGUUCUCUUUGUAGUUUCGUAUUGGGAAUGCAAGACUUUUGUUAGGAAAGCCUGUGGUGCAUCAUCAGUUAAAUCAUAUUUUCAUAUUUGUCUCAUAUCCUUGAAGAAUAAAGAACAUUAAAUGGUGCAGAGUACGCAAUGUUUGAAGAUCAAAUUAUGCCCAAUGCAUUUGUAAAGGUUUGUACAGCAUUGUACAGUUGUUUAAUAAUUUUUGUUGUUGUGUUUUUUUUUUUAUGGUUAUUACUGGAUUUAAAGCGGUUUAUAUUAAAUGGUCCCAAAAAUUGAA